AUAGGUGUUCUGUGGUAUUUAUGCGCGAACCGCGAUUACUGUACCUAUUCAGUCAUCGUACUCGUACGAAAUGUAAUUGAGGCUUCGAUAUGAAGUACUGAGGAUGCUUUUUAUGAGUUGAUUGCUGAAAACUUUAGGCAGAGUUUGGAGUUGAAAGCAACGACAGGGUAGCACACAUCGGCGAUCUGGCGGGAAUUGUGAAGAGUACAUCAUGAGCCAAAUGGACGAUCUCGCCGAAAGGUUUGCGCAACAGCAUAUCAGAGUUAAUAGAAAUUGGCUGCAAGCUUGUGCAAGCCAUUUUCAAGUGGAAAGCACCGCUUCUCUACAAAGAACGGCAUUUGGCGGCGACGUGUACAAGCAAGUCUACUACCAGUUGCUCCUAACAAAUCUCUGGGAACUGGGAAUGACUUGCCUGCCUGAGAGUGCACUCGCUGCUCAUAAGCUUAUGCUGAAAGGUUCAUUUUUUCUCCAAGUGGACAGUGUGCGUGACGUCAGCCAGCCGGCGUACUCUCAGUUGCUUAAAAUCACGAACACCGAGAACCCCAACACCGUCGUCCAGGCGGAUCCGAUCGAGAAACCGUUUCCGUGGCAGGCGCAGCCGAAGAGAAUGCUAAAGCUGGAGCUCACUGACGGUACUCGCCGGAUGCAGGCUAUCGAGUUUGAACCGGUGCGAUGCAUGAGCGUCGACAUGCGACCUGGCAUCAAGGUACUGAUCACGGGUCCCGUUGAAUGCCGACGCGGCGUGAUGUUCCUACGCGCGGACAAUGUCCGUAUCCUCGGCGGCAUGGUCGAAUCCCUUUUGGAAGAGAACUGUCGAGAGGCAGUGCUCUGCCGAGUCAUAGGUCGCGACCCUGCUCAGGUACUAGACGGAGCAGCGCGCCAUCAGACCGCCAACCGCUCAGAAACGGACAGCGACGUCAUAAGUAAUCGCCAGAGUAGCAAUAACCGAACAUCUGAUCGACCUGAGCGAGUUCGUACAACGAGCGGAUCGCCACGAACCGGGCAUGAUUUCCAGCAGCACAAUGACAGCAGAGAGACUACUAUUCCAGUGGCGAACAGCAAUUCGACAACAGUUCGAAUGUCCAGCUCGGUGUUAGAUGCGUGGGAUAGAGCUGACGAGGCAGACGUGGAUCCUGAUGAUGUACUGAUGAGCCAGAUUAACCUGGGAAAUCUAGAGCCGGAAGCUGAAGGGCCAGACUGUAUCGAUGACGAUGUUGACGAAGAUCUCCUUCGUGAGCAGCUCGACUUCCAAGCACUAGCGGCAGGUGAUGGAGCAUUACGGGAUGCUGCUAACUCUGAUGAAGAGCACAACGCUGGUGAACCAAACAUUGAGUCACAUCCAAGCACUUCUGCUCAAAGCACAAGCAGAAAUAUUGAGGCACCUAAAGAGGAGCCCCAGCAACGGAAUGUAGACAAACAGUCAUUGCCGUCUCUUCCAUACACACAACUUAGCUGUGUGUUGAAAAAUGGCAAGCAUCCAGACAACUCCGAGGUUGUGAUUAUCAAGGGCUAUAUUUCCACUCCUACAAGCAAGCUGAAGGUAAGCCCAGAAGAGAUGUGGCAGCUUUCAGCCAUUGUCACUGAUGAUACGGCUUCAUUGGAAGUGGCCAUUGACAAUUCCUUAUUGGCAAAUUGGAUGGACUUGACUGCAACUGAGGCAAAGAAAAAAUGCAAACUGUCUUCAAAAUUCAAGGAUAUUUUUGCGGGAAAGGUGGCACAGUGUCAAGAGAAAAUGAGGUCUUUGAAUGGGCUGCUGACAAUAAGUUUCUCUGGCAGGGAUGCGAAGUUGCCUGUGCUGCUCGACUAUGAUGAAUGGAAGCAAGACUGAAACUUUACUGUGUUUCCGUUUCAGUCACCAUGUCUGUCUGCGAUAACGUAUGUGUUGUUGAUUGUCGCCAGAUGGAGGCGGCUUUGAGUUCAAAAAUGUUUGCUAUAAUACUUCCACUGCAGAAUACCCCACCUAUAAACCAAAUCAUAUCUUUCUUCAUUUAGCAAAUGUACUGUCAUUCUGCAGUGAAAUAUGAAAAAUUUAUGUGGAGCAGUACACAUGCUCUUCCACAUGUCAAUGUUAACUGGCUUGAGAAGCUGGUGCAAUUCAUGCUUUGACUUGCAGGCUGAGCCUAAUGAACUUUCUGGAACUGGUUGCACAUUGUUAUCAUGUCAGAUAUUCGUUUAGUGAUGCACAAAGGCAUUUUGCAUUUGAGUUCAUGCUAUUGCAUUAGAAUUUAACAAUUUUUUUCAUUGUAGAAAAAGCACAUACACCUUGAAGACCAAGAUGUCUCUUGCCAUGCACUCUAGUCUUAUUCUGUUCCUCUAUUUUGUACCUGUGCAUUAAAGUGCCUUGGCAUUCAGUUCUCAUUUUUCACAGUAAUUAUGGAUGUGACUUCAUGAUGAUAAUAAAACUUUUAAUUUCCUUUC